CGAGUAUGAGGAGCUGAGCACAGUUCCUUCCCUCCCCUCUGACGGGAUUCCUUGUAAAUGAAGCUCACUCGCUCCCUGUGGACCAGACCUCACGGAUGACUGAGAGGCAAAGAAAAGAGAACCCAGAAAAGCACUUUCACCACGGACUCCACCUCAGGAGCACCAGGAACUCAUCUUCUAAGUAAAAUCUUCGCCCCUUCCGUGUAGAUCCGAUGUCUGCUGCAAUGGAUACGGAAUCAACAUAUUCGGGGUACUCCCACUACUCAGGUCACUCCAAAAAAGCCCACAGACAAGGGAGUCGGGACAGGCACAAAUCGCCGCGCAGCAAAGAUGGCAGUCGGUCUGAGAAGUCGGUCACCAUCCAGACGCCUCCUGCAGAGCCGCUGCUUGGGAACGAUGCCUCUCGGGCAGAGGAGGGCCAGGACGACAACUGGGGUGAGACCACAACAGCAAUCACAGGCACCUCUGAGCACAGCAUUUCCCAGGAGGACAUUGCCCGGAUCAGUAAGGAUCUGGAGGACAGCGUUGGGUUGGACUGCAAACGUUACCUGGGCUUAACAGUGGCAGCUGUUCUUGGACUCCUUGUCUUCCUUACCCCCAUCGCCUUCAUUCUGCUACCCCAGAUCCUGUGGCGGGAUGAUCUGGAGCCUUGUGGUACUGUCUGUGAGGGACUGUUCAUCUCUGUGGCGUUUAAACUCCUCAUUCUUCUGAUUGGGACCUGGGCUCUGUUUUUCCGCCAGCCCAAGGCAGAUGUACCGAGGGUGUUUGUGUUUCGGGCCCUUCUGUUGGUCCUCAUAUUCCUGUUUGUGUUUUCCUACUGGCUCUUUUAUGGCGUUCGCAUCUUGGACUCGAAGGACACGAACUACCAAGGAAUAGUGCAGUACGCGGUGUCUCUGGUGGAUGCCCUGCUCUUCAUUCACUACCUGGCCAUCGUGCUGCUGGAGCUGCGGCAGCUGCAGCCCAUGUUCACUGUCAAGGUAGUUCGGUCAACGGAUGGAGAGUCGCGGUACUACAGCUUGGGGCACCUGAGCAUCCAGCGAGCUGCACUGGUGGUUCUGGAAAAUUACUACAAAGAUUUCACAGUCUACAACCCAGCCUUGUUAACAGCCUCCAAAUCCCGUGCAGCCAAGCACAUGGCUGGCCUGAAAGUCUACAACGUUGAUGGCCCAGGUAACAAUGCUUCGGGGCAGUCCCGCGCCAUGAUUGCAGCCGCGGCCCGUCGCAGGGACUCCAGUCACAACGAGCUCUACUACGAAGAGGCUGACCACGAGCGCCGGGUGAAAAAACGCCGUGCGAGGUAA